CUUCACUAUGUCCGAACAUCCCGCAUCAACAUCCACAAAUAUCGGUGUCACGCCUGCCUUCAUCCUCGAACCUCCUACUGCUGCGCAUCUUUCCUCGUGGCCACUGUAAGCAAGUAUUUUUUCCAGCCCACCUAGAUCUCCGAUCUUCCAGGGUGCCUACCUACCAAUUCGGCCCUCCUCUAUAAUCAUGGAUCCCAGAUACUUCGACGAGGAUGAUCCGAUGGCUCUAUACCAGGCCGCUCUCUUGCGACGACAAGGAGGCGCCCCUCGGCGGUUCGACGAGUGGUUUCGAUGCAUGCCCGUUGCCAUGUUGCCAGGCCCAGACCGACCUGAGGCGAAUCAUGGCGGCAAAGUCUUUCUACCUCCGAGUGCUCUGGACAAACUAACGAGGCUUCACAUUACUUAUCCUAUGCUCUUCGAGCUCACAAACAACAAGGACAACGCAAACAAGAAGACACAUGCUGGUGUACUGGAAUUCACAGCAGAAGAGGGGAAGAUAUACCUACCAUACUGGCUCAUGGAGACCUUGAAGGUCGACGUCGGGGAUAUGCUCCAAGUCAAGUCCACAGACCUUCCUCUAGGCACUUUCAUCAAGCUCCAACCUCAAGACUGUUCUUUUCUGGAGAUCUCAGACCCGAAGGCAGUUCUUGAAAAUGCGUUCCGAAACUUCUCUUGCCUGACAACCGGAGACAUCUUCACAUUCAGCUAUAAUGACACAGUGUACCACAUUGCUGUCCUUGAGACCAGGCCGGAUAACGCCACGAAAGCGAUAUGUACACUUGAGACUGAUUUAUCCGUCGACUUCGCACCACCUAUAGGCUAUGAGGAACCCAAGCGCACAUCAGGCACAUCGACGCCUCGCAGCACGGCGAGCGGCGCAGGCGGCGUUCUGGCGGGCAAAGGUGGCAUGCUCCAUCCGCACGGUACUAUGGCGCAGGCUAUAAACUAUGCCUCCAUUGCCCCUGGAUCCUCGACCGCAGCCACAGGCGCUAGAGCAGUGUCGAGCCACUUCCUCUCGUCAGGGCACAAGCUGAGCAGCAAGAAAGGCAGCAAACCGGCGACCCCGAAGCCUUCCACACCAGUUGUUGGCACAUCGAACACCCUGCCCAACGCUCUUCCUCCUACCAUAAGGAGAACUAAUGGCCCGCAGCCCUUGCGUCUGCCCCCUGGAAAACUAUUUUUUGGGUACGAGAUCAAACCUGCGAAGAAGGAGGGCGAUCAGGAGAAACCACCGGAGGGUGUCCAUUUCCAGGGACAGGGCAAUACGCUGAGAAAAAAGAAGGGAGAUAAGUAGGCAAUAUGCUGAACUUCUCAUGCAUGUGAUGCAUACAUGGCGUUGGGUGACAGCAAUUAUUGCUUAGGGAGCAUUCGGUGUCCUUUUCAGUGACCAUAGACUCUCAGAUGCUUUCGGACGCGCAAUUUAUAGUCCAAUGUAUGGUACGUUCAUCGUCCUAGGUGGACAGUGGAGGCUUGAGCAUAUACUCCAAGGCUAUUUGUGAGCAUACGCGUGUACAUUACUGGUGAUUGUUGCCUGGCCAUCAAAGAUGCUAAGCAGCAAGUAGAUAUACUUACAAAUAACAUUUCAUAAUCUAUGACGGUCUACCAUU